AUAUUUAAAUAUUUUUAAUCAAAAUAAUUUCAAAAAGUAUCGAGGGGAAAAUGCGAUUGGGUUUGCACAGAAGAAGGAAGAUUCAGGAUUUGGAAAGGCAUAACGAUCGCCAAAUGGAGAAGCUCUCGUCUCCAAUUCCAUGGGACAGUUUGAAGGUGACGCUUCAUGAAAAGAUUGGUGCAGGACAAUCAGGCAUGGCCUUCAGUGCAACAUGGAAGAAGAAAAAGGUGGUGGUAAAAAUUGAUCCUAUACCGAAUACAGAUGUGAAGAACGAUCAACAAAAGGAAAUACGGAACCUGCUGAAAUGGGGAGGAUCAAGCAAAUGACCCCAAACGUCAUGCGCCUUUUGAAAGCAUGCUUCGUGGAACAGAUUCCAGACGAAGUAUGCGAUGAAUUUCAUCUGAAAAAGGAUACGGAGCAUAUGAUUUUGAUCACGAAAGAUGGAGGCAUGCCAAUUAGCAAGAUCAAACCACUGUCGGACAGUCAGGUCUUGUCUGUCUUGUCGCAAAUUCUUUUGUCGCUGUAUAUCGGGAAAAGGGAACUUCAAUUCAGCCACAACGAUCUGAAUCCCGGCAAUCUGCUAAUUUCUGAGACGAAGAAAAAAUCGAUCAGUUACAAAAAAGACGGAAAGUCGAUAAAGAUCAAGAGUCAUGGUCGAUUCCUCACGCUCAUCGAUCUCCAAAAAUCGACAUUCGAUGAAAAAGAAGACAAAGGAUUGGAUUGCUGGAAAUUGAAUAGCCGUGUGAGAGAUCAGUUUCUUCCACUCGUAAAAGAGGACACAAAGAAGAUCUUGGCGAAAGUCGCGGAAGAAAUCGAGAAAACCACCAUUUUGGAUUGGAAGUUGCCAGGAAUGCUUCCGAUUCAAUAGGAUGCAAAAUGGUACCACAUACUCAAAUCUUCAAAUCAAAAGUUCUCAAAUUUUCUUUCUUCAAGUGAUGUGGUUGGAAUUUCGCUUGACAUUUCUUCAUAUAAUUAAUAAUUAUUGUGUCUAGUUUUAAUUGUAUGUCUGAAAUUCCGUUUGCCGGUUCAAAAAAUAAACAAAAUCAUGCUUAA